AUGGCCGAUCGGUGGCGCCACUCACUCGGCUCGCUGGAGCGCCGCACACGCCCUCUUUCCUACCGACAGACGCCGCGCAUAGAGCCAUGCCGCAGUAGUAGUAGUGAUACCAGUCUACACAAACGCUCCUCGGAGGAGGAAGCUUCGCCCGCAGUCAAACGCGCGCGCUUUACACCCAAGCCUCCCAUCCCGCGCCGCCCUCUGCACGCGCUGCCGCCUGCACCACGCAGUCCAUCGUCGCCAUUCUUCGCCAUACCCCGCAAGCCCGGUGGCUCUUGGCCGCGGCCCACACCAUCGUCGCCACCAACGAUUCUCGUGUCACCCCCCGACAGCGACAUGGCCGCGAUCAUGGCGCGCUGCGCUCGGCCCUCGACGGAUGCCACCUGGCAGCGCGCGUUUAUACGUACCCUUCUCACACGCGAUCAACUGGCCUUUGACAAACUCGCUUGGCAGCUUGAUCUCGUCUUUGCCAAGCUGGCCGCCACCCUCAACUGCGACGUGGCGGGCCUGGCCAAACACGCCGCGCGUCAGACCAUCGAGCUGCUGACGCGCGCAUGGCGUCCUGCUACGCCAGAAGAUUAUGCGCUCUCACCGCCUAGCUUCCGGCUCCCGCGCAUGACCCACGAGCUGAUCCCACGUACCCCCGCCACCAGCAAAGCUCACGCUCUGUGGAGCCAACAAGUCUCAGCCACCGUCGGAGCUGAUAUGGCGGAACGACUCAGCUUGCACAUCGCUCACACGGUGUGGUACAUGGCUGUUCGCGACGCUCGUCGUCCUUACACACGCCCGGCUAUCAUGGCUCAGUACUGCGCACACAUUCUCGCGUAUCUACGCCGCUGGACCGCACACGAACACCUACACCCCCUUCAUCUCUUACCGACGGCCCACUUGCAGACGCUCGAGUCGCAGCACAGUGCGUGCGCAUCAACCAUCUUGCAUGACGUAUUCCAACGCAAUUUACACCAACAACUCACCGACUUCCAGAAGCAACGACAUACCAGCCAGCCGUUCCUUCAAGUACCCGGCGUCGACGCAUCAUCGUCCCACGGACCCUGUCUCCUCACCGACGUCCAGGGACCCGACUUGAUCGAUGCUGCCCGCUUUGUCGGCGAAUUAGCCCGUUUACACGUAGUGGCGACGCCAGCUACUGUCGAACAAUGGCUUCAGGCCCUGUUUUUACACGAAAUCCCGUGGGUCCAAGUACCCAUGCACGAACUCGAGGCCGGAUGUGCCUUGCUGCUACUAACAGGGUCACUGUCACAGCUCGACAUGUCUGCAUGUACACUUCACGAGCAUUCUACUCGUGGCUCCAUUCAUCAUCAAUGUCUCUGCAAAUUGGAAGAGCUGGCUCGCUCGCGAUGGGUCCCUGCCUCUUCGAAAAAAUGGAUCCAGGUACGUGGAGAACAACUCACCUCGCAGGAGGUCAUUGCGUACGGCCGCCGUGGCUGGACAUAG